UGUCCUGCCAGGAUGUGUAUGUCUGAGUGCUGUAUCCUGCAGUGCCUUUGGCAGUAGUGACAGUUAGGGAAGUUAGUAACAACUACUACAGUAAAGGAGUACAGCACAUUAGUUGCUGUUGGAGAGACACCACACGGAUCAAGCCUUAUAGUCUGGGAAGACCACGAACAGAGUAGGACUUCUGAGGAUAUCCUUCCUUCCCAUCUAUAGAAGCUGGACUGAGGAGGGACUCCACCUGUAACGUUGUGAUUGGGAUAAAGUGAAGGCUCUAACCUGGGUGUGCGCCAUAACGGUGAAACUGGAUGAACACAGGCAGCCUAUUGAGAGACCAUGAUGAGGAGGGGAGAGGAGCGAGAGGACAUCACCACUCUCAUCGCCAUGACUAACACUGCAGACCACAACUACGGGAGCAUGGAUACUGGGAUGUCUCAGGUCAGCUCUGGGGACAAAAAUGUGUUCAGCGACGGCAUCACUCGCAUUGACUUUGUGUUAGUUUGGGAGGAGAGUUUAGCUGUGUUGAAGGAUUACACAUUAGAGAAAGACAAGUCAAGUCACGCCACCCAAGACUCACACAGGAAGUGGAGGGAAGACUUCCUGUCCGGACUUCAAGCAGCAGGCAUCGACCAGGAGAUGCGGGAAGUUCUUCAAGCUAAGAAGAAAAUCUCAUAUGUGCUCCUGAGUGCCCCCUGGAGUGUCCUUUGCUACUACGCUGAGGAGAUCAGUCUCCGGGUCCCUCUGCAGAUGGUAACCACACCAAACUUCAACUGGUCAGAGAGGAUGCUAGAGAAGAUAAAAAUCCCAAACCUCAUGAGCCAAGACGUGCCCAGCAUGCCCCCAGACUAUUACACCUGCCAGUUUCGCACCAACAAACUGGAAAGGUUUCUGGGCAGUGAGAAUAAGGAGACGUUCUUCAAGACUACCCAAAGACACCAAGUACUGUAUGAGAUUUUAGCACGGACGCCUUAUGGGGCAUUAAAAAGAGGAGAAGUGGGAAUCGAAAGGCUGCUCAGCGAGAAUGCCUUCUCUGCUGCAUACCCCCUGCAUGAGGGUCCAUUUGAGAUGCCAGAGGGGGAGGCGGUGGACUCUCAGUCCUUGAGCAUGAGGCAGAUCCUCCACCAGUAUUGGGCUCGCUGGGCCAGCUGGAAGAAUUACCAGCCUCUGGACCACAUCCGAGAGUACUAUGGAGAGAAGAUAGCACUGUACUUUGCCUGGCUAGGGUUCUACACAGGCUGGCUGCUCCCAGCAGCUGUGGUCGGAACACUGGUCUUUCUGUUUGGGAUCUGGCUGAUGGUCACUGAUGCGCCAGCGCGGGAGAUCUGUGAGAGCAAGGAUGAGUUUGUCAUGUGUCCUCUGUGCAAAAUCUGCUCCUACUGGAACCUAUCCAGCAUCUGUACAACCUUCAAGGCAGGGCUGUUAUUUGACAAUGGGGGAACGGUAUUCUUCAGUAUUUUCAUGGCUCUAUGGGCUGUCACUUUCCUGGAAUACUGGAAGCGCACCAGUGCAGUGCUGGCCCACCGAUGGGACUGUUCAGAGUUUCAGGAAACUGAGGAGCGCCCAAGGCCAGAGUUCACUGCCACAGCGCCCAUGACCCUGCGGAACCCUGUGACUGGUGCAGAGGAGCCUUACUUCCCAAAGCGACGCCGCUUCAAUCGCACCCUGACCGGUGGCAUGGUCAUCAUAAUCAUGGUAUCUGUAGUGCUGAUGUUUGUGGUGGCGAUCAUCGUUUACCGGGUGAUUCUGAGCAUCAUCAUUUACAAAUCUCACAAUGCCUUCUUGAUCUUCUCUGCUGGUCGGAUAGCCAGUCUCACAGGGUCCGUGCUGAACCUUCUGGUGAUCCUCAUGCUCUCCCGGGUCUACAUCUACCUUGCCCAGGUCUUAACGCGUUGGGAGAUGCACCGCACACAGACCAAAUAUGAGGACAUGUUUAUUCUCAAGGUCUUCAUCUUCCAGUUUGUCAACUUCUACUCCUCCCCGGUCUACAUUUCCUUUUUCAAAGGCCGGUUUGUUGGUUACCCUGGCAACUACUACAAGCUAUUGGGAAUACGGAAUGAGGAUUGCGGUGCUGGGGGCUGUCUCAUUGAACUGGCCCAGGAGCUACUGGUCAUCAUGGUGGGAAAACAGGUCAUCAACAACAUUCAGGAGUUUAUCAUGCCAAAACUAAAGUCUUGGUGGCAGAAGCGCAAGAUCCAUCCUAAGGUUAGAGCUGAAGAUGAGAAGGUGAAAGAGGGAGGACCGACACAGGAUGCUGCACCCUGGGAGACCGACUAUGAGCUCCUGCUGUGUGAGGGACUGUUCGAUGAAUAUCUGGAAAUGGUGCUGCAGUUUGGCUUCAUUACCAUCUUUGUGGCGGCAUGUCCACUUGCCCCGCUGUUUGCCCUGAUCAAUAACUGGGUAGAGGUGCGUCUGGAUGCGCAGAAGUUUGUGUGUCAGUACAGACGGCCCGUAGCCGAGAGGGCUCAGGACAUUGGAAUCUGGCUGGACAUCCUACAAGUCAUCACCUACGUUGCUGUCAUUAGUAAUGCCUUCCUGAUAGCUUUCACUUCUGACUUCCUGCCUCGUCUUUACUACCGCUACAACAAUGAUGGAAACCUUCAGGGUUAUGUUAACUUCACCCUGGGUACUUCCCCAAGCAACUUUAACGCCAACAACACACAAUGCAGAUAUAGAGGAUACAGGGACAGAAAUGGGCAUUUUCGACCGGAGUACUUCCACCUUAUGGCUUGCCGGCUGGCCUUUGUCAUAAUUUUUGAGCAUGUUGUGUUCUUCAUCGGUCGUUUGAUUGACUUCAUGGUCCCUGAUAUACCUGAGGAUGUGGAGAUCAAAAUUAAGAGAGAGCACUACAUGGCCAAGGAGGCCCUGGCUGAGAACGAGGCUUUGGGUAAGGUUGUCGUCCUAGUUGAAAAGGAGAAUCUGUCCACUGAGUUGCGACGCAGAGCCAAACCUCAAACUUCCACAUCGUCUCCACCCCGGGAGAGCAACUCACCACCACCCUUACUGAAUCCAAUCCCAGAGGACCCAGACAGUUCACCGCUCUAACCCCUGACCUCCCCAGGGGUCGUUUGGACGUCAGUUCAAGGUCACGUGAUGGAGUGAUGAGAUUUGUGUUUCAGCUCUGUGUUUCUAACAAACUUCAGUGACAUGGACAGGUACAGUCAUAACUGUAAGACUGAGGAGAAGGCAAAUAACAGGACUAAUCCUUUCUCAGGACUGACUGCAGUGAGAUUGAGGCUUUGCAUUGUGCUUACCCAUAUUGAGCAGCAGUUUCCCCCCCACUCUAACCAUGCAGCAAAUGUGUGGACUACUAGAGAACUGUGACUAGACUCAUCUUUCGAAUGAAUCGUUAAACAGGAGUCCUGACUCUGUGGUCAUAGAAAAUUCCAUUGCAGUUAUUGUAAGAAUUUGGGGUGAGAACCCCGGUGUCUUGGCCAAAUUCUCAACCUGGUCCCAUUCAAUCAUGGCCACCUAUUCAUCCCCCUGAUUCCCAAUUGGCAUAUAUCACUCCUCACCUCUCCGCCAUGAUAGCUGAUGUGUGGUGAGUGUUCUGGCACAAAAUGGUUGCUGUGCAUCGCACAAAUGGGUGCUGCUAUAUAUAUAUAUAUAUAUAAACUCAGCAAAAAAGAAAUGUCCUCUCACUGUCUACUGUGUUUAUUUUCAUUUAUUUUCAACUUAACGUAUAAAUAUUUGUAUGAACAUAACAAGAUUCAACAACUGAGACAUACACUGAACAAGUUCCACAGACAUGUGACGAACAGAAAUGGAAUAAUAUGUCCCUGAACAAAGGGGGGGGGGGAGUCAAAAAAAGCAACAGUCAAUAUCUGGUGUGGCCACCAGCUGCAUUAAGUACUGCAGUGCAUCUCCUCCUCAUGGACAACCAGCUCAGUCCGAUGAUGCUGUGACACAACGUCCCAGACCAUGACGGACCCUCCAUCUCCAAUUUGAUCCCUCUCCAGAGUAUAGGCUUUGGUAUAACGCUCAUUCCUUCGACGAUAAACGCGAAUCCGACCAUCACCCCUUGUGAGACAAAACCACGACUCGUCAGUGAAGAGCACUUUUUGCAAGUCCUGUCUGGUCCAGCGACGGUGGGUUUGUGCCCAUAGGCGACGUGGUUCCAGUGAUGUCUGGUGAGUACCUGCCUUACAACAGGCCUACAAACCCUCAGUCCAGCCUUUCUCAGCCUAUUGCGGACAUUCUGAGCACUGGUGGAGCGAUUGUGUGUUCCUAGUGUAACUCGGGCAGUUGUCAUUGCCAUCCGGAACCUGUCCCACAGGUGUGAUGUUCGGAUGUACCGAUCCUGUGCAGGUGUUGGUACACGUCGUCUGCCACUGCGAGGACGAUCAGCUGUCCAUCCUGUCUCCCUGUAGCUCUGACUUAGGCGUCUCACAUUGCAAUUUAUUGCCCUGGCCACAUCUGCCAUCCCCAUGCCUCCUUGCAGCAUGCCCAAAGCACUUUCACGCAGAUGAGCAGGGACCCUGGGCAUCUUUCUUUUGGUGUUUUUCAGAGUCAGUAGAAAGGCCUCUUUAGUGUCCUAAGUUUCCAUAACUGUGACCUUAAUUGCCUACCAUCUGUAAGCUGUUAGCGUCUUAACGACCGUUCGACUGGUGCAUGUUCAUUAUUAAUUGUUUAAGGUUCAUUGAACAAGCAUGGGAAACAGUAUUUAAACCCUUUACAAAGAAGAUCUGUGAAGUUAGUGAUUUUUACGAAUUAUCUUUGAAAGACAGGGUCCUGAAAAAGGGACGUUUUUUUUUUGCUGAGUGUAUAUAUACACAUAUAUACAUAUAUAUUUAUACAUAUACACAUAUGAAUGGAAUACAAUGGAAUACAACUUUGGUGUAGGCCACAAAAGUUGUAUUCCAUUCAUUCAAGACUAUACCUACUAUUACAAACCAGUUCACAUUAUGAAUUGACUAAAUCGGUUUAAGGGAGACGUAAGCCAAAGAUGAUUAAAUGCAGCAUGCACGUAACAUUGUCUUUGAAUAUAAUUGACUAUAUUUAAAUGUGGUGUUUAUUGGAACAAAUAAAAAUUUGGUUUUGAAG